AUGGAAGGUGGUGGUGUGGAUGAUGUUCUUUCUUUUGAACUCUCUGCUAUGACUGGAGUGGAAAAGGUGUCGACAUGUGUUAAGGAAAUAUCAGAUUGUCCAAGAUUUUUGUUAUACAAGAAUGCAGGCUAUGCGAUCGACCAGGAACGGCGGUGGAGGGCUGAACUUGCAAAUUGUCGACGUCGAAAAAAACGUCGAGCCAAAUUCGAUGAUAAUCGUGACCUGCCCGAUUCAGAUUCUAAGAUGGGUAAUCUGCGUUUUGGACUUCCUGAGAGUGAUUCAAAUAAACGGCAGUGGGACAAACAACAGUCCCACCUUAUGCUUGCGGAGUGGUUUCUCUUCAUGCCUCCAGAUUUUGAAACCACUUACCUUUUUAAACUGUGUCCCAAAGGUCGCCACGUUUAUGUUACUGCCGCCAAGGUUUGUGGAUGUCUUCUUGCUAGACAGUUGACUCUUGUGUGCUUUAUGCUUUCACUAUGCCUACGUAGUAGUCGCCGUUUUUGUGAUUUUAAGGGCCAGACAAAUGUCUACUCUCGAACUGGUCUGUGCCUUGCAACCAUGCUGACCCGUCUUCCGGGUGGUGGUCUCGGACAAAGUUCAUCUCAAAUGCAUCGUUAUGAGACAACGUUGGAUUGCAUUAUGCUUGGAGUGCCUUCUGCUACCAUGACACAUGAAGCAGAUCGUUCCAACGCAGAUUCUCUGGUUCCGCUUCCAAAUGGUAAUAUCAUCUUUAUGGUCCUCGAUCUUGUUUGCUUCAAAUCAACCUCCUACGUCAAAUUGCGGUUCCUUGAACGCUGCGAAUGGUUGGAAUCGUUUCACAGGGAGCAGGUCGAAGCCUACGAGCCGAACGAUGUGGCUCGGUUUGAAAUUGUCCCAGCCUAUAGCUGUGAUUCAGAGACGUUGAGAUCCGUUUUCUCCUUUCCUCCUCCCUUUGAGGUAGCCUAUUUCUUGUUUCAUUUCGCUCCUCUUUAUGUCAUAUUUUCCUUUGGUUACCUUUUUUCAAAAUAA